UUCUGCAUGCAACUUUUGAUAAUGCAGAAAUGAAAAUUAACAUGGCGCUAUAUCGAGACCACAGAAUUCAAAUGUUAUCAAACAAAAAUGAGUUGAUCAUUGUUUGUUUACUGUCAAAGAAUAAAAAUGCAAUUCCUAGAUGAAUUAACUUGUCCCCAGUGUAAGCGUGAUUUCAUAACUGCCUCGGAAUUAUUGAAGCAUUUUGCGACACAUGUAACAGAGGAAUUCAUCAUAAAUCCAGAUGUUGAAAGGGGUGAACAGAAACAUCAGUUAACUAGAAAGAUGUUACCAGACCUUCGUCCAAUUACAAAAAAAGUUCAUGAUAAAUAUUCAGAGGAAAAUGUGAAUCCAUUAACAUUUUGUGAGGUUACUUUAGAUGAAGGUAAAGCAAAUCAUUUGGACAAAAUUGAGUCAGCUAGGAAAACUAAGAAAUACAAAUGUCUGUAUUGCAAAAAAUGUUUUGGGUGGUCAACAGAUCUGAAAAGACAUCUUUUAUCACAUACGGGAGAAAAACCUUUUAAAUGCAUAUCAUGUAACCUGAGCUAUGCACGAAAAUUCAUUUUACACAAGCACAUCAAUAAAUACCACAAAAAAACUAGAAUUCCCGACUUAAAACCUAUUGAUACAGGAUUUUCAAUUAAACUUCAUAAAAAGAAUAUUUCAUGACAGGAAUUGAUAAUAAGAUACACUAUUCCAAUUUUCACAUAUUUAUGUGGAGGUAGUAGAGCUUAAUGAAUAAGAAGGCAAAAGUACUUUAUUAGAGUAUAUUAUUAAUAAGAUGAGGAUAUUUUUUGACAUGAAUGCUAUAUUUGUACAUAGGUUCAGUUGCUGGAAUUAAUCGCUUAAACAGGUGUCUAAGAAAAGCAUCAUUUCAUUGUCACGUUUGUGUUGUGUGUACACUAAUGGGAUCUCAUUAUUAGAAGAACAAUUAGAACGCAACACAUAUAAGGUUUAUAUACAAAUUUGGUAUAUUUUUAGACUAAAAUUAUGCCAUUCAUUACAUGAAAGGUUCAGCAAUGAAGUGAUGCUUGUGAGAUGAGUUUAUACUAAAACUACUAUAUAAUUCCUUUGAAUAUAGAUUUAUAAUUUACUGUCUUCCUGGUGCUCUCAAAAUCUCUUUUUAUUGUCCAAAUGUCAUUUGUCUUCCACCCUAUACUUCAAAAAAACAUUUGUGAUGUCAUUUUUUAUAGUGCCUGUAUACUAGUCAUACUGCCAAAAAAAGUAUUUUCAAUGAAUAUUGAUUGUAAUUUGUAAAGAAAGUGCCUAAUAGAAUAUUUCUUUUAUCA